AUGCCAGCUUUGCUGGGUCUACGCCAUCACUGGCUGCACAUGGUGGCUUUGGAACCAGGGAGGCGGCCAGCUGUCGAGCGCGCCGUUCCCACCGAGCAGCUUAACCAGCGCGCCUCGCGGGCAAUGUUCUACGAGACCAAGACGCUUCUCGGCGCUUACGCGGCGACACACCCCGAGCACCUCCAGAUCAAGCGGUCCUACCUAGAGCCCGAGAACGAGGCUCUUUGCUGGGAUAUCGGGCGCCGGCCCGCCGGAGCUAUCCACCAGCGAGAGGAAUGGGGCGGUGAGAUCGCCCAUGUCCACGGUGUGGAUGGUUCCGUCCACGUUGUUUUGCACCCCGAAGAUAUUGCGGUGGUGAUAGAAGCGGGGUGGGGUGAGAGGCAUCCCCUGUGUGCAAAUGACAAGCGGUGGUUCAGGUUAUUGUUUCACGGGUUCAUGGAGCAGCGGUUGCCGGUGCCCGAGGGGCUGGUUCUGGUCUAUGCGCCGCGAGAUGAAGGCGAGCUUCAGGUGCUGGAUGCCAUCUUGGAAGCGGCGGUUUGGUAUGCCACGCGGGGUGAGCUGCCCCCGUGCCCGGUCAGGGGGCGAACCAAGGUGGCGUCAGUGCUGCAUGUCCCCGCGGAACUGCACCGCGCUCCCGCCCCCAUCAGGUUCCUAAUCACGUUGCCAGAGGCGGACCUGGCUCUCUUGAACCCCGAUCGGGUAUGGUCGACACCGGAGUCCGUCACACCGUGGGGGGCUGACCCGGAAACAAGCAGUCCGCCGCCCCCGUUCGAGCCCCUCAGCUUUCCGGGAUACGCAUGGCCGGGGUACGCAUCCUUUGGACAAACCCGUUUCACAUCAGACGAGCACAGAACUUUCGACAGAGACGACGUCAAGCAACAACAAGGCUCUUGCUCUUCCAAGUUUUCUCUCGGGCCCGACUCUGGCAGAAGCCUGGGUGGGCCGCCGGCUUCCCCGCCAUCAUGCAGUGACGUCUCGGAAGAAGAAGCGAUCAGCCCGUCAGCCGGGGCGAGUGGCGGGUUGCAUCCGGGGAGCGCGGAGGGACAUUUCGCUGCGCUGGCGGUGGGACACCACUGGUCGCAGAACCAGGAACAAGGGGAACAAAAAGGCGAGGUGACGAUGGCAG